AUGAGGGGACAUCGAAACAAUGAGCUGCCAGAAGACUUCUGGAUACCCAUUCCUCUCGACACCAACAAUAUAACAUCACUCAGUCCGUUCCUGGUUCCCCAGGAUCAUCUGGGGAAUUCAGCCACCUUCUAUGGAUUGGCUGCAUUUAUGCUUUUCAUUUUUGUGUUUGGAACAGGCAUCAAUGUCCUUACGAUUGCUUGCACCAUGCAAUACAAGAAGCUCAGGUCCCACCUGAACUUCAUCUUGGUGAACUUGGCAAUAGCAAAUCUUUUCGUGUCAAUAGUGGGCUCUCUUACUGCAUUCCUCAGUUUUUCAGCAAAAUAUUUUAUCCUUGGACCAUUGAUGUGCAAGAUUGAAGGUUUCAUGGCGACACUCGGUGGUAUGGUAAGCCUGUGGUCUCUUGCUGUGAUUGCUUUUGAACGAUGGCUGGUCAUUUGCAAGCCUCUUGGAAACUUUGUUUUCAAACCGGACCAUGCUAUAGCUUGCUGUGUAUUCACUUGGUUUUUUGGAUUGCUAGCCUCGACCCCACCACUUUUUGGAUGGAGUAGAUAUAUUCCAGAGGGCCUGCAGUGCUCCUGUGGGCCGGAUUGGUACACCACAAAUAAUAAAUACAACAAUGAAAGUUAUGUGAUGUUCCUCUUUUGCUUCUGCUUUGCUGUUCCAUUCGCUACUAUCGUCUUCUGCUAUGGUCAGCUUCUCCUUACAAUGAAAAUGGCAGCAAGAGCCCAAGCUGAAUCUGCCUCCACUCAGAAAGCAGAGAAGGAAGUGACCAGGAUGGUGGUCAUCAUGGUGUUGGGUUUCUUGGUUUGCUGGUUACCCUAUGCGUCCUUUUCUGUUUGGGUUGUCCUCAACCGUGGGCAAACCUUUGACCUGCGAUUGGCCUCCAUACCAUCUUGCUUUUCCAAGGCCUCAGCAGUCUACAACCCCGUCAUCUAUGUCGUCUUUAACAAACAGUUCCGGUCAUGCAUGAUGCAGAUGCUGGGAAUGGGUAGUGGUGACGAAGAGUCAUCAACAUCAACAACAUCAGUGACUGAAGUCUCCAAAGUUGGACCUGCUUAG